UCAUGAAAGGGUUAGGAGCCAGCCGCAGUCGUCACCUGUCUGACUCGUGUGAACCGACGGGGUGUCCUCAGAAGCCUUUGUGCCCCAUGGCAUCUGACCCUCAUGGCUCCUUCUUGUUGAGCCCUACAAUAAACCACUAUGGCACUCUGGACCCACAUCUCCACCACUGUACUCCCACCAGCCCCACAUCCCUAACCACUGACUGCCUGCUGCCCUUUAGCCAGAUUCCCAACAGCAGCACUUUCCCUCGCCUGCACAUUACCCCCCAGGCUGACCAGUUCGACUGCACCCAAGCCUGCAUGGCUGGUGGUGGAGUUGGACAGGGCAGCAGGGCAGGCCUGUCCACCUCCUUGUCUUUGGGGAUGGGCUUGGGUCUGGGUCUGACUGGUGCUCCAAUGAUCACAAGCGGAUCGGCCACCAUCUCCUCUGCAGCGGCAGCCAAGAUGAACCGUCUACCCUCCAGUCUUUUGGAUCAGCUCGAGAGACACCUGCCCCUGCAGCGAGACGGCUUCAGUACACUGCAGUUCCACAGAGGACGCAUGUCCAAGCAGCGCAGCGAGAGUCCGGGACGGAUACGCCACCUCAUGCACUCUGUCCAGAAGCUGUUUGCCAAGUCCCAGUCGUUAGAAAACUCAGCUUUGAAAGGGAGCAUAAACUCUGCUGGAGGGAGUGAGGAUGGGGGGAGGCAAAGUCGCAGGAGCAAGAGUAAAGACAGGGCUAAGACCGAGGGACCUAAACAGAAACCUAGACCUAACACAUUAAGCCUCUGGAGCUCAGAUGAUACCCUGGACACUGACACUACCAAAGCUGGCACUAUAGCUGUCGGUUACCGCAACCCACUGAGCAUGAUGACUCUCAGCAGAGCAGUGUCAGACAGCCAGACGACUCUUAGACACAUCCCGCAGGGCUACAACACAAUUUCUGCACAUUCUCUCAAGACCUCAAAAAGCAGCAGCGACCUCAAGUUCCUGGUGUGUCCAUCAAUGCAGGUGGGAAACAAGGAGGACGAGCUCAGGACCAGGGGGAGCAAGGAUGACAUGGUGAUGAAGAGAGGCACGUGGUCCACUCUCACUCUCAAUCAGGCCAGACAAGUGCUGCAGAAGGGCUCCUCUUCAGUUAACAGGACUCUGCUGAAGACAAAAUCAUGUCAUCAGGACCUGACUCAACAGUUCCUUCAGGUAGGAUCCACAGUCCCCAUGGAGGACUGGUCAGGAACUUUGGGUCAAGGACGAAUCAAAGGAACUGAGAUCCCAUGCAGAAGGAUGCGUAGCGGCAGCUACGUGAAAGCAAUGGGAGACCCAGAAGACAGUGAGGAAUCAGAGGGAAGUCCUAAACCUUCUCCCAAAUCUGCAGCUCGUCGCCAGAGCUACCUGAAAGCCACCCAGCAAUCUCUGAGCGAGCAGCAGCCUCCAGCAGCCCCUCGCAAGCCUCGCUGCUACGCUCUCAUGCGGGACGAUUAUCUGUGGUCUCCUCUGCAAAGUGCAUGCUCUAUGCAGCACCUGAGCUCCCUGCCAUGUCUGAAAGAGCUGUCCACUAAUCGAAGUCUUGAUAACUUGGACUGCCUGGUGGGCCCCCUGGAGGUCCCCCCACGUUACAGAAAUGAUUUUAGCCAAUGCUCCGGCACACUGGGCAGAAGCUUCGGCCCUCAGCCUGCCCUUUGCCCUUAUCACAUGAUUCUGCACACCCUCCUUCAGGUAUAUGUGCAGGGCUGUGGGCUCUCGCUGCCAUACUCUGAGGUAGAAUCGCAGGCCGUGGAGGCUCUGGAUCUGCCUGCACCCACAUGCUUCCGCUCUCGCAGCCACAGUUACCUGCGUGCCAUCCAGGCGGGCUGUUCCCAGGAUGAAGACACAGCUUCUGUGGACUCCGAGACUCCACCACCAACCUCUGCAAACUACAACUCCAACACCAUUGGCAAUAGAAAGGCUCCUCCAGUCCCACCUCGCAUCACCUCUAAGCCUCUCAUCUCGGUGACGUUGCAGAGCAGCACAGAAUCUGCUCAAGACACUUACCUUGACCAGCAGGACCAAGGCAGUGAGGCGAACAGCCAGUCAGGACGCAGCAACUCGUCUGACAGUCUCUGUAGCAUACGCAUGAGCAGCCUGGCCAAGGUGACCCAGUCACUAACAGCCCCUGCUGCAACAACUGCACCUGCUGCAAGCUCUGGGCCCCCUAUUCCAGCUCCCCGUGAUCUCCCUUCUACCACCACUGUUGCUGCUGCCACCACCACCACUUCCACAUCUACCCAGUCCCAAAAUGACAUUGUGAAUAUUAGCAUCACCCUAGAACCGCCUCCAACUGCACCCAAGAGGAAGUUGUCUUCUAUUGGAGUCCAGGUGGAUUGUAUUCUUCCAGUUCCAAGAGAAGAGCCAUUACUCCUGUCUACACCUCUAAAGUUUCAAUCAAUUGGAGUUCAAGUUGAGAACGGCAGGCCUCUCAGCCGGGACAGCAGCAUGGCCUCCAGACAAAAUACAGAAACUGAGCCUCAGCUGCAGGAUGCCGCACCCACAGAAAACACAACCAACUGCACCAACAGUCAGACUGUGAAUACCACCGCAACCAACGGACAGGACAAAGCCAUGGAACAGCAACUCCUUAAACACACAUUAGCCCCGUCGAGGAUAUCUAACUCGCCUGCUGAGACACUGGAUCCAGCUUUAGACCCCUCAUCUCUACCACCACCAGAUCCCAGCUUAGAGUCUGGAAAUGGCAGCUCGCAGGGUGAUGCUGUUCACGCCAGCACGCCAGCAUGUCUCCGAGAUGGCAACUGGUUUCUGAAGCUACUGCAAGCUGAAACGGGCCGCAUGGAGGGCUGGUGUCAGCAGAUGGAGCAGGAAACCAAAGACUAUAAGCUCUCAGAGGAGGUGUUGGGGACAAUUCGCAGUGCAGUAGGCAGUGCUCAGCUCCUCAUCUCACAGAAGUUUGAGCAGUUCAGAGGGCUCUGCAAUGAGAAUCUGAAUGUGAAUGCCAACCCAAGACCAACAGCACAGGACCUUGCAGGGUUCUGGGAUCUUCUCCAGCUUUCAAUAGAAGACAUAAGCAUGAAGUUUGAUGAGCUCUACCAACUGAAAGCCAACAACUGGCAGCUUCCUGAGAAGACUGACAAGAAGGAUGAAAACAAGCAGCUUCCAUCAUCGGUGCCAAAGAAACAGUCGAAGCCCCGGCUGUCAACGGGGAAGGACAGGAGCGUGGACUCGGCCGUGGACAAGCAGCGACAAGAGGCCAGAAAACGGUUGAUGGCAGCAAAGAAGGCAGCGUCAGUACGACAGAACUCCGCCACGGAAAGUGCUGACAGUAUCGAAAUCUAUGUCCCUGAAGCCCAGACCCGCCUCUGAGACUGAGUCAGCAGCAGUUGUCGAGCAAAAUCAUGACUCACUCCAGAUAUUUUGUUGACAAAACACAGUUCUGAGAUGAACACAUUAAAUGUACGAUGGAUGCACAGAGGUCGAUCUGUUAGCAGCCCAGCUGACAGCAGAGACGUAAAGAUCACAGAGCACCGUAACAAUCCAGUUUGUCAGCUGACAUGGGACAGAUAAAUCUUUACAGAUGUUUAAUACUAUUGUUGUUAUUGUUGAUAUUAUUAUAAUUAUUAUCUCCUAAAGUAUUUCAAGACUGUCUUUACUUGUGCAAGUAUCUUGGAUUAGGAAAUAAUGUACCUUGUGAGCUGAAGAAUUUAGGUAUCCCAGAAGUUUACUCUCUUUGAAUCCUUUCACUGCGGAGCCUACCGGCAAAUUGUGGCUGUGCAGUUUGAGCGGAGCUACCAUCCUCACACACUCAGGACACACACACAGGUGUACUCACUGUCCAGAGUCUUCCUGUUCUCUCUUGGCAUUCGGCUGCCGCUCGUGUGGCGCAAGCGCUUUACUGUGUAAACUGUAAGAUGGAGUUAAGGUACUAUUGAAAUGAAGAGAACCAGAGGAAGGCAGUAGCAUAUAUUAAGAAUAUCACACUAUUAUGAUGUUAAUUUUGUAAAUGUUGUAUACCAGAUUUAUUGUUAGAAAGAGGUCAGUGUUCAGCAC